AGUCCCGACCCAUCUAGAGGACGGAGCCGCCGGCGAGGAAAUUCGGGCAGAUUAGAUCGGCGAUUUGGCCUUGUUUUCAACGAAGAUCCUCUUGUUUAGGGUUUCGUCCUUGUUUUGGCCGCAUCUAUGGAUUCUCUGUCAACUGUGGUAUUGAUAUGAAUUUCAGCUUUCAUGAUGACGGAAUCUAUCUGGUUACACGAUCAACCUUCUCCUCGGUCGAUGAUACCGUCACCAAAACCAGUGGCUAAUGUCCAUCGCCAGAGGUGUAGGAGCGUCUUCAAGUUACUGGUCCAGAGGGAAAUUUCACCAAAAACAAAGUUUGUGCCAAGAAAACGGUGGGGUGAAAACCGAUGGGAUGCUGAUUCGUCGUGUGGAACCACUAGCGAACCAGUGAGCGAGCAGGGACAUAAUCUUAUUUCUUGGGUUGAGGCAGAGUCAUUGCAGUAUUUAUCUGCUAAAUACUGUCCUCUUGUACCUCCUCCAAGGUCAACUAUUGCAGCAGCUUUUAGCUCUGAUGGAAGAACUCUUGCCUCUACACAUGGUGACCACACUGUAAAAAUUAUUGAUUGUGAGACAGGAAAAUGCUUAAAAAUUUUGACUGGCCAUCGGAGGACACCCUGGGUGGUCAGAUUCCACCCGCGCCACUCAGAAAUAGUUGCUAGUGGAAGUUUAGAUCAUGAGGUGCGCUUAUGGAAUGCAAAAACUGCGGAGUGUAUUAGAACUCAUGAUUUCUAUCGACCUAUUGCUUCCAUUGCUUUCCACGCUGAUGGUGAAUUACUUGCUGUUGCAUCUGGUCAUAAGCUGCACAUUUGGCAUUAUAAUAAGAUAGGGGAGGACUCGUCACCAGCAAUUGUGUUGAAGACAAGGCGUUCCCUGAGAGCUGUACACUUUCAUCCACAUGGGGUUCCUCUUCUCUUGACUGCUGAGGUGACUGACAUUGAUUCAUCAGAUUCCGCAAUGACAAGAGCAACAUCUCCGGGUUAUUUGCGAUAUCCGCCCCCUGCUAUUUUCUUCACCAACACACAAAGUGGCAGUCGUACCAGUUUGGCAGCCGAACUGCCACUUGUGCCAUUACCGUACUUGCUCUUGCCUUCAUAUUCUCCUGAUGAUCCAAGAAUACAAUAUUCUAGUGGUGCUACUGGUCCAAGGACUGCACAAACGAGGUUUCAGAGUAACCAAAGUUCUGUAGAACUAGGCAGCAGAACAAUUUCACCUUCUCCUCUUCCCAUGGCUACGUCUGCUGAUCUUUCUGGUUCCUAUCAUGUCCCAGACAAUUCUGCUGGUAAUACAUUUACUGCCCAAGCUGGAGCUAGAAAUUCUACCACUGCAGUUGAUGCCAUGGAUGUAGAUGAAGCUCAACCUGCUGGAAGAAAUAGAGUUCCCAGUCAAGUUUCAAGUCAACCAGAUUUACUCGAGUUUGGACAACUUCAGCAGUUAUUUCACUUUAGAGACAGAGGUUCCUGGGAGUUACCUUUUCUACAAGGGUGGUUGAUGGCUCAAAGCCAGGCUGGUGCUAAUUCAGUGGCUCUUCCUACUGGUAGUAGUGGUCAUGUCAACUCAACUCCUUAUACGGGUUCUUCAUCCACAGCCAGUCUAGAGGCCGGAGUAGCGUCAUUAGAAAUUCCUGGAGGUGUUAACUUAUAUGGGGUUUCUGCAAGAGGUGACUCCCGGGACCGAAUUCUACAGUCCCGCUUCGCAGGAUCUGGUUUAGCAGAAGGUCUUUCCUCUCGUAACACUCAACAUGAAGGAGCUGAUACUCAACCUGUGGUAAACAGAAUCCCUUCUGAACUGGCUACUUCAAUUGCUGCCGCAGAGUUGCCUUGCACCGUCAAACUGAGAGUGUGGUCACAUGACAUCAAAGACCCAUGUGCAAUACUGAAGUCUGACAAAUGUCGAUUAACAAUACAUCAUGCUGUUCUUUGCAGUGAGAUGGGAGCCCAUUUUUCCCCAUGUGGGAGAUAUUUAGCAGCCUGUGUUGCAUGUGUUAUUCCUCAUACUGAAACAGAUCCAGGUUUGCAGACACUGGUCCAACAAGAUUCAGGGCUUGCAACUUCCCCUACUCGACAUCCUGUCACAGCACAUCAAGUCAUGUAUGAACUUCGUGUGUAUUCUCUCGAAAAGGAAUCAUUUGGUUCGGUACUUGUGUCCCGGGCAAUUAGGGCUGCACAUUGCUUGACCUCUAUCCAGUUCUCACCAACCUCCGAGCACAUUCUGCUUGCAUAUGGUCGGCGUCAUGGUUCUCUUUUGAAGAGCAUUGUGAGUGAUGGAGAAACAACAUCACAUUUUUUCACAGUGUUGGAGAUUUACAGAGUUUCAGAUAUGGAACUGGUGAGAGUACUCCCAAGCUCAGAGGAUGAAGUUAAUGUUGCUUGCUUUCAUCCUUCUCCUGGGGGAGGUCUUGUCUAUGGAACAAAGGAGGGAAAGCUAAGGAUCUUCCGGUACAACACAGCUGCUGCGUCCAACCUCACUGCGCCAAAUAGCUCUCCUGAUGAGAACCUGGCCGAGGUGCAGACCUAUGCGUUAGAAUGCUAGACAGGGAAGAAUUCGGGUGUCAACCGUUCUAUAUACACUCUCAUAGACAGAUCGUGCAUUGCGGGCUUAUUUAUCUUCCUCUGUUUCUUUUCGGGUAAUUCCUCUCAUUCUGCUUGCUCGCGGUGCUAUUAGUUGUCCUGA